AUGACCUGCUCCCUCACCUUACGCCCCAAGAGACGUGCGUCUGCCAUUUCCUCCAUAUCGUCUGGAGACACUGCCACUCAGGGGACCAAUUCAGAACCACGAGAUAUAUCUUGUGCUUCAUCGCCUUCCUGUCCAAAGAAGAGACGUACUUGCAAGGAAGAUGCCUCGUCAACAAGCAACCAAGACGAGGAGGAUUCCGAUGCGGAGACUGGACCUCCCACCCAGAAGGCUCGCAUACAGGGGGAGAUAUCCAUACAAGGUAGCAUCCAGCCUCCGCCUGUAUCUCCAAUCACACGCCUGUCUUUCGAUUCUGUGACUGGGGACUUCUCAGCACCAGGGGUCUCUUCUGACCCCAACACUAGAAUCUUAUCUUCAAAGCAUACUAGAUCAAGCUCACCAGCCCCACCCGAACAACCAUUACAGCAGCCAGUCCCCCCUCCGCUCUGGGCUGGCCUAGACGAGGAGAUAGAGCCACUCUUUACCAUCCUCGACACCGCAGAGCCCACUGACGACACCAACACCCCAGAACCCCACGACGAUGACCCCCCAAAACGCAAACGCGGCGCCUACACCUCCCACGCCUCAAAAUACCACUUGCCCUCCCACACCCACUGGGCCGCCCGCACGACCACUCAGUCUCCGCACGACUACACCCUCCCCGCCCUCUUCGCCGACCACACCUUCAAACGCGGCUCCCGCUUCAUACCCCCCCAACUCCCCAAAGGCUGUACCAACAAAUUCGGCCACCCAAUCCCCGGGCCCGCAUUCGACCAAGCCACGCUCCUAGUCCUAAAGCUCCUAGACACGCGCAUCGACCCACGCACCGGCGAACCCCGCAACACUCCCGUAGUCGUCCGCCACCCCGUCCCGCGCGACUGGAGCUGCCGCGCGACGAUCCGCCAGCUGAACAUCGACCGCGCGCAGAACAUACGCCGGAUCACGGGGGUGCUGCAGCGGAAAGUCUGCGUGCCCUACGAGACGGAAGAGCGGGAGUGGAUCGCGCGCGAGAAAGACAAGUCCACAUCAACUUCCACUUCCACUACGCAGGAGAGCAGGGGCGGCCGCAAAGGCGCCCGCAGAGACCUCGAAGCGCGCUUCAACGCGCGCUUCGAGGGGAAGCUGGUCGGGAACUACUGGAAGCCACGGGAGGGGCGCAGCCGGGCGAGUUUGGAUGCGGAGUAUAACCGCGCGAAGCGGUGGUACGACGUUGGCGCUGUGCCGCCGGAAACUGCGAAGGCUGUGGCGAGGGAUGAUUUCGGGUGGAGGGAGCAGAGGGUGUUGCAUGCUAUGCUGAAUGAGAGGCCGAUGAGGAGUCUUGAUGAUGGGUUUGUGGAGGCGUACAAUGCGAGUGGGGCGACAGUGCAUCCGCGUAGUCUUGCGCAGUUGAGGAAGGAACAGCGAAGAAAUGCCGAGCUGUAUGAGAGGCCGGGGUAUGUCUUCCCGUCGUACCCGCCGAAGGGAGCGGUGGAUAAUUUCUGCCUCGCGGAAAGGAAGUGUAUUGCGGAGGUCAUGGGGAAGGAGCCGGAGAUUGAUAUGGAGAAGCUGGUGGAGAUGUUGAAUGAGCGCUUCGAGGGGGAGGUAUUGAAUGGAGACGUGAGGGUCGAGAGGACGGCUGGUAGCGUGAAGCUGGAAGUUGAGAGGUUUGGGGAGGCGUAUCGGAAGGGGGAGGUCCCGGUGGAGAUGAGGGCGGUGGAGGAGAUGGAGGUCAUUGAAGAGGACGAAAAGGUGGAUGCCGCAGAGGAGCUGGAACAAGAGUGUGACAACGACGAGAGGUAGGCAGGUUUGAGGUUCUUUGGGGUACUGUUUUGGCUCACGGCGUUCUGG